GCGCCGCGCACGGGGCCGCCGCCAUAGUGGGAGCUGUGGGGUGAGUGCGGGGGGCGGGGCGGCUCGGCGCGGCCCGGCUCUCGGUACCCGGCCUCGUUCGGCGGCUCCGCGCUGCGGGGCGUUGCCGUUACCGGCUGCAGGUGAGGAUUCAGAAUGGGAGACAAGCCUAUCUGGGAGCAGAUUGGGUCCAGCUUCGUACAACAUUACUACCAGCUUUUUGAUGCAGACAGGACUCAGUUAGGAGCAAUAUAUAUUGAUGCAUCAUGCCUUACGUGGGAAGGACAGCAGUUCCAGGGCAAAGCAGCUAUUGUUGAAAAACUCUCUAGCCUUCCUUUCCAAAAAAUACAACACAGCAUCACAGCACAAGACCACCAACCUACACCUGACAGCUGUAUACUCAGUAUGGUAGUGGGACAGCUUAAGGCUGAUGAAGAUCCUAUCAUGGGAUUCCACCAGAUAUUUCUAUUAAAGAAUAUCAACGAUGCCUGGGUUUGCACCAAUGACAUGUUCAGGCUAGCAUUGCACAACUUUGGCUGAGCUGGCGACCCCGAGGCACCUGUUCUUCUUUAUUUUCCCCCUCCUCUCCUCUUACUGAUAUUAUUCACACUCACAGAACAUUCCAAAUAUCAUACACAAACCUGCAGCACUGCAGAGCGCGAGCGAGCAAGAGCUGUGAGCUGCCCUUCUGCUGAGUUUACAUUGUCACUAGAUGAGUUCCUUGUGCAUGAUGUUUGGAAGUUAGUUAGCUGCAUUUGACAAGAGAAAUUUGUGUUGUACCAGCAUGCCUCGGAAAGAAUUGAAAACGCAAAAGGUUGUUGUUUGAUGUACUGACAAGAUGCUCUAUAACCCAAAGAAUUGAAAGAACAGCAGCCUGUACAGCCCAGAUACCGAUUUGUUCAGAUGUUUCAAUGCUACAUUACACAAUAAAAACAUGAGAUUUUUCUUAACAGUUUAAA